AUGGCCACAUGCCCCGGCAGCGACCGACCGCCUCGCCCUAACUCGCGCAACGAUUUCCACAUUGCCAUCCUCUGCGCCAUACCACUCGAAGCUGAUGCUGUCGAUGCUGUCUUCGACUUCCACUGGGACGAUGACAGGCUGUCGUUCAACAAGACACCUGGCGACCCCAACGCUUAUUCGACGGGUGUUAUCGGUCGCCAUAACGUCGUUCUGUCACAUAUGCCGGGUAUAGGCGUAGCCAGCGCCGCAUCCGUCGCGAGCGCUUGCAAAACGAGCUUUCCCAACAUCAGUCUCGGGCUCGUCGUCGGAAUCUGUGGGGUCGUUCCAGGCAGUGGUGACGAGGAGAGAGUACUGGGCGACAUCAUCAUUAGUGAAGGCGUGGUGCAAUACGAUUUCGGACGGCAGAUCGAUGGGCACUUCGAGCGCAAAAGUACCCUCCUGGAUAGCUUUGGGAGACCUCCAGCCGAUGUUCGAGCCGUGCUGGCGAAAUUGAGAGGCUUACGAGGCCGGGAGCAGCUUGAGAAGCGCACAGCCAGUCACCUGAGCAUGCUUCAACAAAGACCGAAGCUAUGCGCCGUGUACCCCGGCAAGGCACACGACAGGCUGUUUGAGCCCGAGUACAAGCACCAGGAUGAUGGCAAUACGUGUGAUGAGCUUGGCUGCGACGGUCAUUUUGUGACACGUCACCGCCUACUAGCCCACCUGGCCGACCCGAGUCCCACGGUGCACUUUGGGCUUAUUGCCUCUGGAAACUCUGUGAUGAGAUCGGGAAGAGACCGCGACAGGGUUGCCAAGAAAGAAGACGUGAUCGCAUUCGAGAUGGAGGGCGCUGGCGCGUGGGACAGCUUCCCGUGCGUGGUGUUGAAGGGGGCAUGUGACUACGCCGACAACCACAAGAAUAAGUUAUGGCAGCGAUAUGCUGCGGCUGCAGCAGCAGCAUGCACGAAAGGCUUCCUUCAAGAAUGGGUGCCGACUGAAAUUCUGGUUCCGUACCCCGAGAACGAAGGGUUUGUGCAGAGAGUCUCCCACCUCAGGACCCUUACUUCACAGCUUGGCUUUGGCACCAAUGUGGCGAAGUCGAGGUCGAGAGUGGCUCUAUAUGGUCUUGGAGGUGUUGGCUAUACGUUCAUCGCCCGAGACUGUAAAAUCCCGGGAUACGACGACCCCAAUGCGGAUACACUGUCCUUGGUAAGAACCUGGUUGGAGAGGACGUAUCGGGGUCGAUGGCUCAUGGUAAUCGACAAUGCGGACGAUACCGAGCUCUUCUUCCAGACACUGCAGCAGGACAAUACGCACCCUUCAGCUCCUGCAAUUGGAGCAGGUCAGCUGGGCCGCUUCGUACCGAUGUGUCCGCAUGGGUCGGUUCUUAUCACCAGCCGAAACAAGCAGACAGCAAGUCGGCUGGCGCCUGGCAAGCCCCCAAUAGGGGUAGGGAGUAUGACGGACAUGGAAGCCUUACAGCUUGUCCGUGUUGCCACGGGGGAUGACGAACUUCUAAUCGAGACUACAACACCGUUGGCGGCUCGGCUAGAACAUAUACCGCUCGCACUUGCGCAAGCAACGGCCUUUAUCGAAGAGAAUAGCACAACCAUUGAUGACUACAUACAGCUGCUAGAUGAGAGCGAUGAAGGCUUGAUAGAUCGCCUGAGCGAGCCUUUUGAAGCGUUCGGAGGGGGGUCCGAUACCCCACAUGCCGUGACGGCGACUUGGAUCAUAUCAUUUGAGCAGAUCGAAAAGCAGCACGCUUUUGCAAGCUCGGUGCUUUCUAUGGUCAGCCUCUUAGAUCGGCAGAGUAUACCAGAAAGCUUUUUGAAGGAUUAUUACGUCCUUGCGCGGCCUGCUCAACCAACGGAGGGAAGCGAUUUGGCGGCGGUGGCCAAAGCACUGGGUACUCUGCAGGCGUUCUCCUUCAUAUCAAAGGGAAAGGACAAGACCGUCGAUAUGCAUCGUUUGGUCCAGCUUGUGACGCGCAAAUGGCUUGUCAUGAGAGGGAAAAUGGGACACUUCGCACAGGGUGCGCUUGAAGUGGUAUCCAAUGCCUUUCCGUACGGUGGAUUCGAGAACCGAGAUCUGUGUCUGCAGUAUUUGCCGCAUGCCAAUGCUGUAUUGGCAACGAAGAACAAGAAAGAAGGGGAUGCGGAGUUAAAGAUGGCGUCCCUUCUUCACAAAAUGAGCGGGAUGUCCCUGUUUCAAGGCCACUGGGACAUUGCCGAGAAAUACCUUGAUGAAGCUGUUGAUACGAGACAACUGGUGCUGGGCGAGGAGCAUCCGGAUACACUAUCCAGCAUGACCAACCUAGCGUCGACAUACAGCAGCCAGGGAAGAUGGACAGAGGCAGAGUCGCUACAGGUGCAGGUGAUGGAGACGAGACAACGGGUACUGGGCGAAGAGCAUCCGGAUGCACUAAUCAGUAAGGCCAACCUGGCGUCGACAUACUGGAACCAGGGCCGAUGGACAGAGGCAGAGUCGCUAGAGCUGCAGGUGAUGGAGACAACACAGCGGGUGCUGGGCGAGGAGCAUCCGGAUAAUUUCCAAAGCCCUUCUUUUCACAGCCUUCGAUAUCCUACCGUGACGGCAUGGCAGGGGUGCAUUGCUCCCAGAUUGUGGUGGCGUUAG